UCCAGGGCUGCGGCAGCCUUUGAAGAGUUCUCGUCGGUCCCCAGGAUUGUUCUUCCUUCACCUUUCAGAGCCAUCGGUUUGGACAUUAAACUUGGCUCUUGGAGAAAGAUCAACAAGUUUGCAGAGAGAAGACUGCCAACAGAACAUGCAUCUAGAGAACAAAGAUGGCAGGCUGGCUUCUGGUGCACUGGAGGUGGAGCUACAUCAGACAUCUGCUCCAACUUGUGCGGGCCCUGGGAGGCUGGGGACUGCCAGACCCACCACCGGAAACUACCAACACAGCUGGACAGACUCCUCAAGCUCCUACCCCAGCCAGGCUGCCGGGCAAAGCCGCUGGGCUCCUGAGCACCAGGAUUUGGACUCAUUUCUCACAGAAGGGAGGUCCGCAUCUCCUUUUCUUCAGUUCUUCAGCUCCAGUUCUAAAGACCCCUGCAUUACAGAAAAUACUCCAUUGCUGCAUAAUUCCUCACAAGACAGAGGGUCUCGGUGCAUGCCUGCUUACUCCUCAGAGUUCAUCACCACUGACGAAUCUUGGGAAAACAGCUCGGUUGAGUGGGAACGAAGAUACCUGCUGAGCAGAGAUGCAGCUGGUUUGUCUACAUCUGCCUCCUCAGAGAAGGGGGAGCUUCCGGACAGCACCCACCUCAGAGUCCAUAUGUCCACACUGAGGCGCUGCUUGCAGUGGGUGAAAGUCACGGGUCUGUUUGUCUUUGUGGUGGUGUGCUCUAUUUUAUUCAGCCUGUAUCCAGAUCAAGGAAAGUUCUGGCAGUUGUUGGCUGUGUCACCGCUGGAAAGCUACUCUGUGAACCUCAGCAGCCGUGCAGACUCCAUGCUGCUCCAGGUGGACCUGGCAGGGGCCCUGGAGACUGGUGGGCCAGGUCGUUCCGGGAGAGAAGAACAUGUCCUGGUAGAGGUGACCCAGACGGAUGCACCGGGCUCCAGGCGGCGUCGGCAGCAGCAGGUCACUCACAAUUGGACGGUAGUUUUAAAUCCCAGAAGAAGUGAGCAUUCAGUGGUGAGCAGGACCUUUGAGAUACUGAACAGAGAGACUGUUUCCAUCAGCAUCCGGGCCUCCCUCCAGCAGACCCAGGUUGUUCCUCUUUUGCUGGCUCAUCAGUACCUGCGGGCAAGUAUAGAAGCACAAGUGACCAUCGCUGCGGCCAUCCUUGCAGGGGUCUACGUGCUCAUCAUAUUUGAGAUCGUUCACAGAACUCUGGCAGCCAUGUUGGGGGCCCUUGCAGCAUUAGCAGCACUGGCUGUGAUUGGCGAUAGACCCAGCCUGACCCACGUGGUGGAGUGGAUUGAUUUUGAGACCCUGGCCCUGCUGUUUGGCAUGAUGAUCUUAGUAGCCAUAUUUUCAGAAACUGGAUUUUUUGAUUUUUGUGCUGUAAAGGCAUACCGACUAUCCCGAGGAAGGGUAUGGACCAUGAUCAUCAUGCUGUGUCUCAUUGCUGCCAUCCUUUCUGCCUUCUUAGACAAUGUCACCACGAUGCUCCUCUUUACUCCUGUGACCAUAAGAUUAUGUGAGGUGCUCAACCUUGAUCCAAGGCAAGUCCUGAUUGCAGAGGUGAUCUUCACAAACAUUGGAGGAGCUGCCACUGCCAUUGGGGACCCACCAAAUGUCAUUAUUGUUUCCAACCAAGAAUUGAGGAAGAUGGGCCUGGACUUCGCCAGAUUCACGGCACACAUGUUUGUUGGGAUUUGCCUUGUUCUUCUGGUCUCAUUCCCACUCCUCAGACUGCUGUACUGGAACAAAAAGCUUUAUAACAAGGAGCCCAGUGAGAUCGUUGAACUGAAGCACGAGAUUCAUGUGUGGCGCCUGACAGCGCAGCGCAUCAGCCCAGCCAGCCGUGAGGAGACGGCCGUGCGUGGCCUGCUGCUGCGGAAGGUGCUGGCACUGGAGCACCUGCUGGCCCGAAGGCUGCACACCUUCAAUAGACAAAUCUCACAGGAAGACAAAAACUGGGAGACCAAUAUUCAGGAGCUUCAAAAAAAGCACAGGAUCUCAGACAGGAUUCUGCUUGUCAAAUGCCUGAUGGUGCUGGGAUUUGUUAUCUUUAUGUUCUUUCUCAAUUCAUUUGUCCCUGGUAUUCAUCUUGAUCUUGGAUGGAUUGCUAUUCUGGGUGCCAUCUGGCUGCUAAUUUUAGCGGAUAUCCAUGAUUUUGAGAUAAUUCUACACAGAGUGGAAUGGGCAACCCUUCUGUUCUUUGCUGCACUCUUCGUAUUGAUGGAGGCAUUGGCUCAUCUCCACUUAAUAGAGUAUGUCGGAGAACAGACUGCUUUGCUAAUAAAGAUGGUUCCAGAGGAUAGGCGCCUUGCAGCUGCCAUCGUCCUAGUAGUAUGGGUCUCGGCCUUGGCGUCAUCUUUGAUUGACAACAUUCCGUUCACUGCUACCAUGAUUCCCGUGCUCCUGAACCUGAGCCAAGACCCUGAGGUCAGCCUGCCUGCGCCACCACUCCUGUACGCCCUGGCCUUCGGGGCCUGCCUGGGAGGUAAUGGGACACUGAUUGGAGCAUCUGCAAAUGUCGUUUGUGCAGGAAUUGCAGAGCAACAUGGAUAUGGAUUCUCUUUCAUGGAAUUUUUCAGGUUGGGCUUCCCGAUGAUGGUGGUGUCCUGCACUGUUGGGAUGUGUUAUCUCCUUGUUGCUCAUGUUGUAGUGGGAUGGAAUGAAUAGGUAUCCAUCAAAGGAAGAUUAAGGGAUACCUGGUCCAUCACCAACAUCUGACAAAAAACUACCCCAGGACCACUCUUUGGAGAAGAAAAGGCUUAUCCUGGAAUGGUGCUGCAUGGAGAUGUGCUGGAACGGACCUUUGGCAUUCACACACACUCUUGAUUGAAUGAAUGCUGGAAAAUCAUGGUGUUCUCUUUAUGCUAUUUCUCCCUGAGAUGGGGUUGGCAGGGGGACAAAAGUAUAGGCAACACAAGAUAACUUACCCAAGAGUCCCCUACUGGAAAAUAUGUAUGUUUCAAAAACACUUCUAGCUAUCCUGUGUAGAAAAAGGCACAAAUCUACUCAAAAUAGCUUGUGCUAUUCAAUUGUCACUUCUCCUGAAACUAAAGACAGUUUUUCUUUAUGUAUUAAAUUUUCAUGUUAAAAUAAUCAGCAUUCAAAUGGUGUGCCCCUGAAUAUAGAUUCUUUCUGGGAAAAAAAAAAGCAUACCACUUGUAAGGAAACAUUUCAUCUAUUUUUUAAAAAAUAAAGUGUU